CUGCUCCUUGUCCUCUCUGGACGGGUCCAGCCCCUACAUCCACAGCUUGCCCUCCUGGGUGCUGGAGGACUUUUGCCAGAAGAUGGACUGCCUCAACGAUUACGACUGGAUGCGCUUUGCAUCCCAUGUGAUAACUGACCAGACUGAGCUGAGAAAAAUCAAAUGUAUGGAAAAAGCAGGAAUUAGUAUAACAAGAGAACUGAUGUGGUGGUGGGGAGUGAGGCUUGCAACAGUCCAGCAAUUGUUGGAACUUCUGCAGGAACUGGAGUUCUAUAGAGCAGCACAAGUGAUUGCAGAUUGGAAGUCACUCAAUCAUGAUUCUGCCAGGGCUCCUUUAAAGCCCCCUGAACAGGAGAAGGAAUUACCUCAUCCAAAUGAGAAAGAAAAUAAAGAGAAAAUAGGAAAUGGAAUGGAAGUAUCACCAUCACUGCCAAAUGUGACACAGAUGCAUAGAAGACAGAAUGAUCCUCUUUUAAGAAUAGAUGCAGACAUACUUCCUUUAUCUCUACCACCAACUUUCAUGGACCUCCCACAUUCUUUACGUUCAAAUUUCUCAGAUUUAUCAGAUGGAAAG